AUGGAGCACUCCUUCAACUCGUAUUCUAGUGCUGGAGCCCAUGGUGUGUUUGGUGCUGAAAAUGUGCUGCUGGGGCAGGAUGGCCAGAAGGGCAACUUGGAUGCGUUUGUUGUCUGGAUGAAAAAGGCCAAAAGAGAAGCUGAGCAGUUGCUAGUGGACCAGGCAGAGGAGGAGCAGACGUUUUACAGAGAGAUUGAGCAGGAGCAACAGAAAUUGCAACUGCUUGCUUUGGAGAAGGCCCCUCUGCCAGAGGACCAGUUUGAUAGCGCCAACAUUCUCAAUGGCUCUUUUCUUGAUCCUGAUAUUGCAGUUCAGCAGGAGGUUGUGAUCACUGAAAAGCAGAUCCAAAAUCAACCACACAAUGCCAUUUUACUGGACAAAAGCUUAGUACAAGUUCCUCAAGAAAACCAAUCAAAUCUGCUACAAAAACACGAUAUUGCUUCUUUUACUGAGACUAUAAGCGAACCACAAAAUCUCACUUUCGCUAAUGUACCUCACAACAAUGCAAUUACUAUAUUUGAUAAUGAAAUCAUUGAUCUUAAUUCACAAUCCGACGAAGAUUAUGAGGAAAAUGAUAAUGAAGAAGAGGAAGCUGACAAUGAAGAGGAAGGUGAUGAAUAUUAUUCCGAUGAAGACCAGCUGUAUAACAAGAUCAAAGAAAUCGAGGAGUCCUCAAUUCCAUACAAUCGAAAUUUGGUGGCUCUUGACCAUAUAGUUAAUGCAAACCAUAUUAAUAGUUUAGAAGAAAUACAAAAUUUUAAUAAAAGCGACCUGAACUCUCCUAUUCCUGAAAAUGCUGCCUUUCAUGAAAUUUCUGAUGAGGAUGAAAAUGACGACCAAAAAUAUGAACAGGAUUUUAAUAGUAUCACCAAUCCCAAUAAUAUCAAUAACAUCAACAAGAUUGAUCAAAUUGAUAACUUUCAAAAAUUUGAUAAUUUCAAUAAUAACUACAAUCAGCAGAACAUAUUUGAUGAUUCUAAACAGAAUCUAGAUAACUAUGCUCAAUAUAAUGAUCCCGAUCAAUUGUUUUCUUACCCAAAAGUUCCAAACUCUUAUUAUCCUCAGUAUCUGAGAUUAUUUAAUAAAAAUGAUAUGUCAAACUAUGAAAGUUAUCACAUACCAGAAGAUCAAGAUCAAGAUCAAAAUUCAGAUUAUUAUUAUGAUGAUCAAGAUGAAGAUCAGGAUCAGGAUCAGGAUCAAGUUGAGAAUUACAAUUCCCAAGUUAAUUUUAAUUACAAUAAAAAUAUUCACACAGAAAAUAAUUAUGUAACUCCAAAUAACACCAAAAAUAACAACCCAAACCCAAAUCCAACCGAUAAAUCUGAGAAUCUUCAUUAUCCCGACUAUAAUGAUAAUUUGAACUUCGAUGGUGUCCAACUGAAUGAUAAGGACCAUGAAAAUCAAUUCCUACCUGAUCACCAAAAUUUUGGUUCUAAAACUCUACCUGAAAACCAUGAUUAUAUAAACCUAGAUUCAGAUCAAGGAUAUGAUGAUACCAUUACCAAUAAUAAUAAUAAUGACCAUAAUGACCAUAAUGACCAUAAUGAUGAUAAUGACGAUGAUAAUAAUAUUUAUGGCUAUAUAUCAGGCUCUCAUAGCAAUUAUAGAAAGGAACAUAAACUUGAAGAAGGAGAUGAAGAAAAAGAGGAUGAUGAUAAUGAAGAAGAAGAAUAUGAGGAAGAAUAUGAGGAAGAAUACGAAGAAGAAUAUGAGGAGGAAUAUCCUUUCGAAGUUCAAAAUGAAGAACUGGAUGAAAAUGAUCUGAAUUUUCGAUAUGAACAUGAUAAGACCACUAAAUCAUUAGAAAACAAUAAUUUUGAAAAUGAAAUUAAACAGGAAGAAAGCUUCUCUUCCACUAAUAGCAAACAUAAUUACGAAUAUCAGAAAGUUGAAACAGAUGCAGAUAAAGAAAUUUAUAAUUAUAAAGAGGGCCAUAAACAUAGUCAAGCAAAUGAUGAUAACGAUAAUAAUGAUGCCGAUAGUGAAUUUGAAAAUCCUUAUGAUAAAAAUGAUGAGGGUGAAUGUCAAAAUGAAGAUCAAAGCAAUUUUGAAAGCAAAAAGUUUAAAUCAAAUACUGAAACGAUAGACAGUAGUAAUAAUACCAAUGAAAACGAAAAUGAAAGUGAAAGUGAAAGCGAAAAUUUGCUUUUAGAAGAACUGCUUGCAAAUUCAAAAAACAUUGAUGAAAAUAGUAAAAAAUCACUGGGAGCCCUGAAUCCUUUCAUUGCUAAUUCUCGGCCAUUUGACUCGAAUUCAGAAAAUUCAGAAAAUCAAUUAUAUGGAGAGUCAUUAAAAGCUUUUGAUCAAAACAUGAUCAUUGACAAAUUAAAUGUUAAUGAGAAACAAGGAACUCUCCGGAUUCAAAAUUUACCAACGCCAACAAUACAAACUUUUGAUGAAGAUAUUAGUAACCUCGAGGAAGAUCUGGAAGAAUAUAAUAAUCUUGAAGAUUUGAAUUAUGCUUCAAAUAAAGAGUUACAACAUGAUUUUGAUCAGAAUAUGAUUAACGCAGCGGAAGAGUUAGAUGAUAACAUUAAAAACAUUGAGAAUAAUUCUGAAGAAGAUUUAAAAGUUGAUAUUGAAAAAUAUGAAAAAUCUGAUGUGAUUUUGGAUGAUUUAGAAGAAGAAGCAGAUAGUAACAAAAAUAUGGAAAUAGAACAACUUACAGCUGAAUCCGCAAUUAUGGAAGUUGAAAACUUAUUAGUCUCAACAGACAUUGAGGAUAUUGAAAUGGCAGAAGAAGAAGAAAAAAAGGGAAAAAACAAUUAUUCUAGUAUUACAGAACAGAAAACGAUUCCUUCAUUUGAAAUCACCAAUACUCAAAAAAUAGGUGCCAUAAAUAUUGAAAAUAUCAAUGAUAAUGAUUUUAAAGGAAACAGUGCGCAAGAGGAAACCGUGGACGAAGUACAAAAGAAAGAUGUUUUAAACGAAUUGCAAAACAUUAAUCAAGAGCUCUUUUCUAAAGAAGACAUUAGAAUAGAUAAAGAUAAAAGUGAGAACGAUAUUCUAAAUAAACAUGAAGACGAAAAUAAAAAUGAAAAUGAAAAUAAACAUGAAAAUGGCAUUGAGAGUAAGGAAAUAUUGAGUAUUGAUCAAAUGAAAUAUACUCAUAGUGAAACUGAAAAUGAAGAAACUGAAAAACAUUUCCAGGCGAAUAAAAAUCAAAAAAAUCAUCAAAUUGAUAAUACUAUUGAACCCCAAAAGAAAAUUUUUGAUGAACAAAAACAAAUAGAAGAAGAUGAAUUAAUUAAUGAGAUAGAUGAAGAAAAGUUAGGUUUAGAAGAAAAUGUAGAUAAUGGUCAAAAUAAUUUCGUCAAAGAAAUGGUUAUGGAACAUCAAGAAAAUUCACAAAGUUUAGAAACUGAAUCUUCAAAAAAAUUGGUUUUAAAUGAAAAAUUAGAAAACCUGGAGUUGGAAAUACUGAAUGAACAACAAAAUAUUGAAAACCGAGAUAAAAGUAUUGAUGAAAAGGGAAAUAAUAAUAAAAUUAAUAAAAAUGAAAAUGAAAAUGAAAAUGAAAAUGUUGAGAGGAAAACCUUUAAGAGAACUCAAUCAGAUGUUGAAUUUGUGAAUAAUGAAAACCAGCUAAAGAAAGCAAAAUUAGAUAAAGAUGAUGAUAAUAAGCUAAUUACUGAUAUAAAGCCUGACAACAAGAUUCAAGGCAGUAUAAACAAUAAAGAAAAAGCAAAUUCUGAAGAACCGGUUGCUGAAAGGAUAUUUGAUAUUUCAUUAUUUGAGUCUAUUGAAUCUACAUUUGAAAAUAAUUCUCAAGACGGGAAAGACGAGUAA